GAAAAACGAGAAGUAUUGUGAAAUCGAUUACUCGAGGUCCCCGGACUGUGGAACUGAUGACAAGAAGAAAAUUAGGUGCUCAUACCAGGAAUUCGAUCCGCAUGAUGAAUUAGUCUAUCAUAUCAAGAACCCUCCAGUUUAUGUCUGCUUCGAGCCGCGAUGACAUACAUAUCGUCUCUGUGGUUUCUUGCUGCCGUUGCUGUCGUCACUUUUACCAUCGUUGGUUGCAUCCGUAGCUCUUGGCGCAAGCUCCCACCUGGACACAGAGGUCUUCCUCUCAUUGACAAUAUUCUCCAGCUUCAUGGGAAACAAUGGCUCACAUUCACCGAGCUCGGCAAGAAAUACGCCGGACAACCUCUCGUGGUCAUCCACUCCCUCAAAGUUGCAACAGAUCUCUUCGAUCGUGCAAAAAUUUCCGAUCGCCCUCGCAACAUCGUCACCUCAGAUAUAAUGACUGGAGGAAUGUUCGUCGCGUUCGCUCGCUACGGAAAUGCAUGGCGGCAUAUGCGCAAAGCAGCUCACGAGGGCUUCAACAAAGCGGUCGUGAACCAGUACCAUCUAAUACAAAUCACAGAAGCCGUGUCGCGCAUUCACCGCACCGUCGCAUCUUCUAUCAUGUCCAUUGUGGAGUCUUUCCCCCGGAUGCUGCGUAUCCCUAGCAAAUACGCAAAGUGGAAAAGAGAUGUAGAGGGCUGGUACGCCAAAGAUUCGUCCAUGUUCGAAAGUCUCUUCAACAGCGUCGAAGAUCGAGUAACCCCUCCUGAUUUCCUUAACACCCGAUUCUUCGACAGCGCAGCUGGUGCUGAGUCGAACUCAGCGGCCAUGUCCUGGUGGAUGCUCGCCAUGGUCUUGUAUCCCGAUGUGCAGAAUCGAGCCCAAGCAGAACUCGAUAUGAUCGACUCCCCACAUUCGCCGACUAUGACUAUUUACCGUAUGUCCGUGCAAUGGUCAAGGAAACUCUCAGAUGGCGUGCAGUGGUAAGGGCUUCCUCGUCGAUCGAAAGAGGACGAUGUAUAUAACGGAUAUUUCAUCCCCG